AUGGCGGACCAAAAGGACCAAAUGGACAUCUGGGCUUUGACAGAAUGGGAUACGCCUUUGAAGAAGCUUCGCCAACCCAUCCCAACCCCCAAGGGGACAGAAGUGUUGGUCAAAACCACCCAUGUCGGUGUUUGUCACUCGGAUCUCCAUACCGCUGAAGGAUUCUAUGAUAUGGGGGGAGGAAAGCGCUUUUAUGUUAAACAGCGCGGUGUCGAGCUGCCCGUUGCCUUGGGCCAUGAAAUACUAGGAGAGGCAGCUGCGGUUGGACCUGAAGUUGAUUCCAUCGUGAUAGGACAACGCUACAUUGUCUAUCCGUGGAUUGGUUGUGGUACUUGUGGGCGCUGUCUCCAGGAGAAGUACAAUCUAUGCGCCGGACAAAGAGCACUCGGAGUCCUUCAGAAUGGCGGGUUUGCCGAGUAUGUGCUGGUUCCCCAUCCGAAAUUCCUCAUCGACCUGGGAAACCUCGACCCUAUGGUGGCCUGUACAUAUGGCUGCUCUGGAAUCACAACCUUAAGCUCCGUCAAUAAGCUAAUGCCUCUCCCACCGGAUGAGCCAGUCCUCCUGGUUGGUGCGGGAGGGCUAGGACUGGCAGCAAUAUCGGUAUUGAAGUCAUUCGGCCAUGGGUUCAUCGUUAGUGCAGACAUCAGUGACGAUAAACUAGCCGCGGCCGCUGCAGCCGGUGCGACAAAGACCGUCAACACCUCAGGUCCUUCUGCAGUCGAAGACAUUCUCGCUGCCACUAACGGGCCGGUCACUGCAGUUAUUGAUUUUGUGAACAACACGGCUACCGCACGCAUGGUCAACGAUCUGGUUGGUAAAGGAGCUAGAUGGGUCCAAGUCGGCGUCAUGGGAGGCUCUCUUGAGUUGUCUCUCGUAGCCAACAUUUUCAAAGGCCUGGCCAUUUAUUCCAAUAUCACCGGAAGCUUGGACGAGCUCCGGAGCAUCGUGAAAAUUGCAAAAGAAGGGAAACUGCCCUCUGUGCCGGUCCAGAAGAUGCCGUGGGACUCGGUGAAUGAGGCAAUGGACUUGUUGAAGGCGGGAAAAGCAUCGGGGCGAAUUGUGCUCACCAAGUGA